AACCAUGUAAAUUACGUCGUUAACCCAAAAUGUGAACUUAUUUAUAGGAACAUUACUUGAUUGUAAAUUUAUCUUUUCAUCCUAUUAUUUUUUUUUAUAUCAACAUUUGGGCGGUGCUCAUUAUCUGUUUAAUAUUCUAACACAUUUCAAGGAUUUUUUAAUACUUUACCCAAAAAAAUCAGUAUUAAUAAUUUAUAAAAAAAUCUAUUUAUAUCAACUCAUUGUAUACAUUUUGGGUUCUUCAGGAACAUCUAUUUAUAACUUGAAAUAUACAUUGUUGUAGUCUUUUCGUUCUUUUAACAUUUUUUUGUCUAUAUUCGUGUAUCGAAAGAAGAGAAAUCCUCCAAAAAAUUAUGAAUUAUUUGGCAAAUAUCCAAACAAAUACGGAGAUGCCUUUGCCAAGAAUGUGAUGUGUCAAUCAAGAUGAGUGGAGAACCUUUAGUUGUCCAGGCCAUUUAUUCAUUUAAGGGGACAAAUAACGAUGAGUUAUGCUUUAAAAAGGGAGAUAAAAUUACAAUUACACAGAAAGAAGAUGGAGGUUGGUGGGAAGGAACUUUAGGUGGUAAAACAGGAUGGUUUCCAAGUAAUUAUGUUAAAGAAUGUCGAGAUGUUUCCGGUCCACCUCCUUUAACAACCAUAACUCAACAAAAACAAUAUCGAGAGGUUGUUCUUAAAGAUGUUGUUGAUUCAGAAAAAGCUCAUGUUACAGAACUUCAGGGAUUAGUUAAUAACUUUUUGAAUCCUUUAGAAAAAAGUGGAAUUUUAUCACCAGAUGAAUUUCAACAAUUAAUUAGUAACUUAUAUGAAAUUGUUGAUACUCAUCAACAGUUGCUUAAUACACUUGAGGAAGAACUUAAACUCAACCAUGAAGCUAGAGUUGGUCAUAUUUUUCUUACAAGAGCGCCUAAAAUUAAAUCUGUACAUCAAACAUAUUGUUCAUUACAUCCUCGAGCAGUUUGUAUAUUGGAUAAAUAUAAAGAUGAAUUAACAAAAUUUAUGGAAUCAUGUAAUGCAGCAGCACCAGGUAUUUUAGUAUUAACAACAGGUUUAAGUAAACCAUUUAGAAGACUGGAUAAAUACUCUGGUAUGUUACAAGAAUUAGAAAGACAUGUCGAAGAAAGUCACCCUGAUAGAGGUGAUACUCAACGAUCUGUUGUUGUUUAUAAAGAAAUUGCUGCAACUUGUGAAGCUACACGGCGACAAAAAGAAUUAGAGCUUCAAAUUGUAACAGGUCCUGUUCGAGGUUGGGAAGGGCAGAGUCUUUCAACACUUGGUGAUAUCAUUUAUAUGGGUUCUGUGGCGAUUGGUCCACAACAUCAUGAUAGAUAUUUAGUAUUAUUUCCUAGUACACUAUUAAUGUUAUCUGUCAGUAAACGAUUGAGUGCUUUUAUUUAUGAGGGAAAACUACCAUUAACUGGAAUUGUUGUAACAAGAUUAGAAGAUAACGAUCAAUUUAAAAAUGCUUUUGAAAUAAACGGACCAAUGAUUGAAAAAAGAAUUGCAGUUUGUCAAAGUCGCGAUGAAGCAAAUCAUUGGGUAGAAUUAUUAAGGAAACAUAUGCCCAACAGAUCGAACAGUAUUCAUCAAAAACCGCUAUCAACCCACGUGGAAGUUGUGCAACAACCUCACUUAAAUCAAAGGGGUUACAGCACAAGAACUUCAAUUCUUAUAUACUCACCACAAAUCAAUUUUAAACCUACUUAUCCCCCUCGGAAUUAUCCAAGCGCAGCACCAUACGCCGGUUUAACAGAAUUUUAUCAUAAAUUAAUCAAAUCAAAAAUUAUAAAUAAAAACGUAGUUAAAUUUUUGCUUUAUUCGGAAUAUAACAACGUUAAUUUGGAUGGCGUUAAAAGAAGACAACAUCGAACUGAGUUCGUUAUAAAACCUCAUUCAAGAAAACGUGAUAAUAUUAUAAAAUGUAGCACAGACAUAGAUUCGGAUAAUUCAUCAAAAAAUUGUUCGAAUUAUUCAGAAAAUAAAAAAAUUUCCCGCCAAAAUGCAAUCGAUGAAACAUCUUCUUCGUCGGACGAUGAUGAUGACUCAAAUGAAAGUAAUCCUUUCGGUUAUAUACGUUAUUAUAACCCACAAACAUGUUCGGAGCAAGUUCGGUAUGAAAGCGUAAUCGAUUAUGAAAAUAUUUCACCCCCAAAAAAAGAAAUAAAAUUAAAAUCAAAACCAAGCAUUGUGUUAACAUCAACAGCAAACGUCCAAUUAAUAAAACAAACAUCGGAAACUUCAGAUGCAAGUUCUUGUUUAUUACAAAAACCAUUUACGGGAUGCGAAGAUUUAGUUAAUAUGGAUAGUAGCUUUGAAAUUGAUCACAAUUUACAAAAGCCGUAUUUUCCAACGACACGACAAAGUUGUCCAACGAAAAUGGUUGGAAACAAAUUUAGUUCAUCGAGUUUAACAACAAUUUAUAUUCCAACAUAUCAAUCGAAUAGUGAAAAUAAUAUUAGUAACAUAAAUUAUAAUAACGAAAAUAAAAAAAAAUCGUCCUGUGAAAGCGAAAGUACCACAACGACUCAUUCAAGCAGUAUUGAUAUCCCCGUUAAUGUCGCACCACUACCGGAUGCUAUGUUAGCGGAAUUAUUGUAUAGUGAUAAAACGGAAUCGGAAAUUGAAAGCGAUCGUACCGAAUCGACGGUUAUAAAACCACCGGUUAUGUUUCAAAACGAUGAAAGACUAUCAAUUCAAAAAACGAAUGCUAAUUUUCGUACUCACAGUAUUAAUUCCGACAAACCAAAACCAAAACGAAGAUCAACCAUUCAUUUAAGCGGAAAAGAUAGUAAUAAUUUAUUAAGACGAUGUGUUUCCUAUAAAUAUUUAGAGAUGUCCUCGCGCGAAGAUACCAGACAAAGUCAAACUUGCUGUUGUUGUCAAAGUCCGAGAUCUUCCGAUUCGGGUAUGGCAGGAAGUUGCACCUUAAAUUCACCGGAUAUAGCCCCACAUCACGAAAUCGAAGACACAAACAGCAUGGAUAUGUCAGUUUUGUUCGAAAAGUAUAAUCGAUUUUCAAAUCCAAGAAAUAUGUUAUCAUUAAGCGAAAUUGAAGCGAGAACUUACGAAUCUGAAUGUCAAUGCACAUCUCCUUUUGGGUCAACGCCAAGAACUUCUUGUCAACCUUCAAUCUCUGGAAAUACUUACUCAGAUUCGCAACAUGAUUCUGCAAGGACUUCCGUUACUUCAACUAGCGUUGAAUUAAGAAAUUUAACGACGCCUCAAUGGAAUAACGAGGACAACAAAGAUCUUUAUAAACCGAAAAAAUCGAAAUCUUUAACUAAUAUGUUUGAAGUACAAAACGUGGGGUUAAGUGUAAAAGAAAAUGAGGAAGAAGCUGGAAAACAAAAAUUAUAUAAAUCGGGGUUGUACGCUCAUUGGUGGAUGAAAGCUAAGAUUCCGAUUGAAGUUGUUAAAGGAAUUUAUGAAGAAUCAGCAACAGGCAAGGCCAUCACCCCUGGUAUCGACAAGAGGCACGAACAAUCGCCACGGAGGCCCCCCGAACAAUAACGAGUCCCGGUUAAUAUCGACACCCCCUUCUCACGGUUCGUUUAUCAAUAAUAAUAACAACAAUAAAGAUUGGUCUGCGAGUUGUUUACGACCGGCGCCCCCU